AACCAAAAAGUGUUUAAAUGUGUUACUGUUUUAUAUAAUUUGCAUUUUGCUGGGAAAAAAGUGUCCUGUUAAAAUAAAUGCAUCUGAUGCCAGUGCCAACUAGAUGAAGACACCAUGUGUUACACCAUAUUUUCAAAGAAUAUCCCUACUUUUUUCACUGCAUCAAAUGCCUAAAAUUUUCCACAUUAGAGAAAAUCAUUAAAAAGAUCACACCUUUUAUAACCAUCAAUACACUGCCUGGUUGGUCAUAAAUAUUGAAUUACAUGGCACCAAUAUGAUCCUGAGACCCUUAGAAGUAGACUGGUGAGUCUGAUGAUGCUGGAAAGAAAUUUAAAAUCCACAAUUUCUCCAAAUUCUCGUUUAGGGGGUGAAGUCUCCAAAAACCACACAGGAUCUACUGUGGAUCUACUGCCAUCAAAGCAUCUACAGGCAGCUCUGGAAGAAACGGCACACAUGUGGUCAUGAAAGUUUAUAAAGGACAAAGUGUUCGCUCUCUGAAAUAAAGGGUUUUGGAAUGGCCAAGUCCAGUAUUCCAGUUUGUCCAGUUGCAACAUUGUAGGGGAGACUUGGAAUGAAUCAUACAAGAAACUAUAUCACAGUUAAUGGACAAUUCCCUCACAAUCAAUAGCUUUAUAAUAUUCCCUGUUUUAUAAUAUAAAUAUGCAAGUAGAAAUCUUUUUAUAGGAAUAUUUACAUAUUUAUGUAAGGUUGUUUAUUGCAACAAGCUGUGGUUGUUAACAUUUAAACAUUGAGUUCUGCCCUACAUUUGAAGGACAUUGAAAUAUUGAUCUGGACUUCUGUAUGAUUAUGAUGAGGAGGAUUCAGAGAGAUCCAGUAUGUCAUCACAAAAACAUCACAGCUAUUACUGCAGGGCAAAAUAUAAAACAAAAUAAAAUAUAAAACAACAGUGAGUGAAUCAAGGACCUAUAAACACUAAGACUGGUAAUAACUACAAUAAUCAUGCUUAAUAACAAAGCAGUUAAGACAUUUCAAGAAAACAUAUUUUAGAGUGUGUUGGUAGAUACUUUAUAACGAAAGAAUUUGUGUAUUGGACCUUCGACUGUUUAUAUCCCACCUGAAACUGUCUCGUUACAAUCCGUUACUUCUCCUUAUCCACCCAUGACUGCUUGCUAGUUUGCAAUUAUGGACAAAUCUUAUUGGCUCUCACAAUUUUAAUCCAAAAAGAACGUUCCAGAUGCUGAAAUGCGAUUGGUGCACAGAACUGCCCAUCAACAUAUCAAUCCCGCCCUAAUACUGUGCUCUGAUGUCAGCGCAAGCAGACGGACCGUUUCAUCUAUCAUUAUAUCUGCAUUCAAACCACGUUUGGUGCUGGUUUGUUUGUAUACAUGUGUUGAGGUGAAGUCAUGCCACUGGUGAAGAGAAACAUUGAGCCCAGACACCUCUGUAGAGGAGCUUUACCUGAGACCAUCAGCAAUGAGCUGGAGUGUGUGACCAACAACACUCUCUCUGCCAUCAUACGCCAACUUAGCAGCCUCAGUAAACAUGCAGAGGAUGUGUUUGGUGAGCUCUUUAAUGAAGCCAAUACAUUCUACCUGCGUGCUAAUUCUCUACAGGACCGUAUAGAUCGGCUUGCAGUCAAGGUCACUCAGUUGGACUCUAGUGUGGAGGAAGUUUCACUCCAGGAUAUUAAUAUGCGUAAAGCCUUUAAAAGCUCUACUGUUCAAGACCAGCAGGUGGUGACAAAGAGCAGCAUUCCAAACCCCAUCACAGAGAUGUACAACACCAGCGACAAACCACCACCUCUGAACAUACUCUCUGCCUACAGGGAUGACCAUAUUGAUGGAAUUAAGUUCUACACAGACCCCUCGUAUUUCUUUGACUUGUGGAAGGAAAAAAUGCUUCAAGACACAGAGGACAAGAGAAAAGAGAAGAGAAAACAUAGGGAGCAGAAGCAGUGUGUUGAUGGUACAUUGCCCCGUGAGGUGAAAAAGGUUCGUAAGGCUCAUAACCGCAGACAAGAAUGGAACAUGAUGGCUUUUGAUAAGGAGCUGCGGCCGGACCAUCGUCAUCAUCAUUCACUUCACAGAGGUGUAUCAUCUGAGGGCUCGCUGUCUCCAGACGGCAGACCACAUGCAAACAACUACCCAGUCCAAGCAUGUCACGCUCAAGCACAGCCGCAUCCCUUCAUGCCUGUGGAGACAGCAUCAUCUAGUGCAAAUGGAGGGGUAGAGCACGAGUAUCACAGCAUUGGAGGGCCUGUGGGAGUGGGUGCUGAUGUAGGUUACAGAGUGGGUGUACUUGCUCGAACACAUCCAACUCCUCCACAGUACCCACACCCUGAAAAUGGAGUCAAUGGAACCCUCACGCUUCCUCCAGUAGACUAUGGUAUGAUGGAGUACUAUGCCAGUUCAGGCCCACCGCCCCCUUCAGUGGGUCCCGUCAUUUCAUCUGCACAGACAGCUUUUGCCUCACCUCCAGCUACUCCUCAUCCUGGACCGAUCACAUCAGCCUUACAGUACCCUCUUCCACCUCUGCCACCUCCUGGACCUGUUUUAGCUUCACCUCCUGAAGGUCCACCUCCUCCUCCAGCACCUCCUGUACCUCCUCAUCCUGUGGCACUUAGAAAGGGACAGAGACUAACUCUGCAGCCUGUCACAGAUGCUCGCAGUGACCUGCUCUCAGCAAUACGCAUGGGUAUUCAACUAAAGAAAGUACAGGAGCAACAAGAACAGCAGGCUAAAAGAGAGCCGGUGGGGAACGAUGUGGCUACUAUACUCUCUCGCCGCAUUGCAGUUGAGUAUAGCGACUCAGAAGAUGACUCAGAACUCGAUGAGAAUGAAUGGUCUGACUGAUUAUAGUCAACCACACACACACGAGUAGAUAGAGACCUUCCUCUUAAGUAUGAAAGUACAUUCAUCUUCAGAUACCUACAUAUAGUUGAUCAUUGAGAAUGUCAAUUUUUCAAAAUAUGUUUAGGUAAUAUAGACCUUAAGAAACUAAAGCAGUCUCUUAUGCACUCAAACCAGUCAAAUGUUCAAGUUACAGAAAAGAGAUAUUUGAAGUGUUCAUUUGAAAAGACUUGCAGUUCAAAUUUGCAAACCCUCUGUACAGAAAAUUCAGAAUUUAUCAAUUAAAAAUCUAGAGAGUAAGCAAUCAUGUAUUAUAAGAAAUGAACGUGAUCUGCAGAGGUGUUGCUGCAGUAUUGUCUGUUUUUUAUUAUUUUAAUAUUCUUUCAGUUGAAUAAUCUGCUGAUGUCAUUUAUAUUUAUUUAUUGCUUUUCCUCAGCUUGUACAAGAAAUUGUGUGAAAAAAUCCUGUGAAUAACCUUUGCUCUCUCUCCAUCCAAAUUCCAUGGCAUUUUAUUGCAGUUAAAGAAAUUAUUUUUUUCUGAGUGAUUAACAAAUGAAUUCAGAGCAUGAUAGAAUUUAAGCAGAACAUGACAGAAUUUAAUACUAUUACAAUCUCUUGUACAAUCUAUAAAGCAUUAUAGAAUUGCAGAUUAAAGUGAAAUGUUUAUUGAGUGAUUACAAAUUUAAAUUUCUUGGGCUAAUAACUGGCUGUAACACUGCUGACCACCAGAUUUAGACUUUCUAAAUUCAAGAAAUCUAGAAAGAUGAAAGAAAAUUAUAAAUGGGGAAGUCAUGGCCUAAUGGUUAGAGAGUCGGACUCGUAACCCAAAGGUUGCGGGUUUGAGUCUCGUAUCGGCAGGAAUUGUAAGUGGGGGGAGUGAAUGUACAGCAGCUCUCUCCUACCUUCAGUACCAAGACUGAGGUGCCCUUGAGCAAGGCACCGAACCCCCAACUGCUCCCCAGGCGCUGCAGCAAAAAAUGGCUGCCCACUGCUCCGGGUGUGUGUGUUCACUGCUGUGUGUGUGCACUUUGGAUGGGAUAAAUGCAGAGCACUAAUUCUGAGUAUGGGUAACCAUACUUGGCUGUAUGUCAUGUCACUUUC